CUCCGUCCUGUAUGCGGUAACAGGGCUGCGAACUUUUAGCUUGCUCCGGGACUACCCCCGACUCAGGUCCCCAACCUGAAGCUAGCGCAGUUAGGCAGGUGGGGGAAGUCCCAGGGAAGCUUCCAGUAGCCUCCUCCCUUUUCCUUCUCCAAUCUGAGCGCCUACUCCGGCAUCGGGCUGCGCUUGAGCCAGCCGGCAAGCUGGCCUCGAACCCUAGCUUGGAGGCGCUGCCUCCGCCUCCUGCGCGGAGACGUAACGGGGGACCCGUGCGUAACGGCUGACGCGCUGGAAUCCUCCGUCUGACGCGGGGCACGCACGGCGCGGCGCCCCCUUCGUCCGCCCCGCCCCUGACGUCCCGGAGCGUUCUAUUUUGGAACGCCGGGGCCACGUUGCUAAGGGAGGGGGCAGUUCGGCGUUCCGAUUGGCCGCCGCAGCCCGGGCUUUGGCCAAUCAACUUUCCCUUCCUAUUGUAGGGUGCAGUUCCCUUCCCCCUCUCUGUCCCCGGAACUCGUGGUUCCUCGGCGCUAGGGUCUCUUUUACGGGCCUCUAAAGAUGGAACGAGGGGAUUCCUGUCGCGCGACAGGAGCGACUCCCUGCGAUCCAAUGGGUCCGCGAGGACCUUGCGGGGAAGCGGCCCCUCCGAUCUCAGGGGCCGAGGGUGUCUGUGUGCAGGGGUUCCUUUGGGAGACAUGGGUGACUGUCACCCUUUUCUCCAGGCAUACACGGACACAGUCUCAGGCCCUCUGCCUGAUCCCUCGGCUGUAUCCGAGGACCAGACGAGAACGGCUAACCGUAAGGGAACGAGCCAGGUGGUCUCCAGGAACCCCGCCCCCUCUGGGCUUCCAGGACUCUGAUUGGCCAGUGAACCAGCCCAUCCCUCACCACGCCCCCUGGGAGAGUAGUUAAGCCUUCCGUGCAGUUCUAGGAUUCCAUUAGGGGGUGGGGGUAGAUGAUCGCUGCUUGGGCUCGGGGAGGCCUCCGGACCUACACCAUCCUCCCUCCGCGGCAGUCUGAGGGUGCCCGGGUCGUCACUUUUCUCUACCUGUCCGUCCGCCGUAACCGAUCACUUGUCAGCCUCACUCCGUGGAGAAACAAUUACUUGAAACGCUGCUCUAAACUCCUAGGCCUGUCCCCCAACACCCUUCUAACUAAGACCCCUGUCCCUGCACGGAGGUGUUAUGGACCUUCCAGUCGCUCAUCCCCCCGGCUCAGAGGGGUGUGUGUAUGUGUGUGUGUGUAGAGGAAGGCUUGGCCUAAGGCCUCUCCCUCUCCCUCCCCUUGCCUCUGGGGUGGGGGUGGGGUGUUGUGGCUGUGUGUAUGGCUGUGACUCCUUCCCGGGGGUUCUGUCACCCGGCUGUGUCCAGCCUCCUCCCCGCCCCCCCCCCCACCUAAGAGUCACCAACCCGGGGUGUGAUUCACCACCCGCUGGAACCGUGCAACCUUUCCCCGAAGAAGAAGGAGGAGGUAGAAGCCAGUUGAGCAGAAAUCCUCUCAUUAACCACUGCGUCACGGUGUAGUGGAAGGGAGUGCGCCGGUCUCGGGGAAAUGCCCGGUUCCUUCGUGCCCACGGUCACCGCGAUCACAACCAGCCAGGACCUCCAGUGGCUCGUGCAACCCACCCUCAUCUCUUCCAUGGCCCAGUCCCAGGGGCAACCGCUGGCCUCCCAGCCCCCGGCCGUCGACCCCUACGACAUGCCAGGAACCAGUUACUCCACACCGGGCAUGAGCGGCUACAGCAGUGGCGGACCAAGUGGCAGCGGUGGGCCUUCCACCAGCGGAGCCAGCGGUGGACCUGGGCCUGCCCGUCCGGCCCGAGCCCGGCCUAGGAGACCCCGAGAGGAGACGCUUACCCCGGAGGAGGAGGAGAAGAGAAGGGUUCGCCGGGAAAGGAACAAACUGGCGGCAGCAAAGUGUAGGAACCGUCGGAGGGAGCUGACUGACCGACUGCAGGCGGAGACAGAUCAGCUGGAGGAAGAAAAGGCAGAGCUGGAGUCGGAGAUCGCAGAGCUCCAAAAGGAGAAGGAACGUCUGGAGUUUGUGCUGGUGGCCCACAAACCGGGCUGCAAGAUCCCCUACGAAGAGGGGCCGGGGCCGGGCCCGCUGGCGGAGGUGAGAGAUUUGCCAGGGUCAGCACCCACUAAGGAAGACAGUUUCAGCUGGCUGCUGCCGCCCCCGCCACCACCGCCCCUGCCCUUCCAGACCGGCCAAGACGCAUCCCCCAACCUGACAGCUUCUCUCUUUACACACAGUGAAGUUCAAGUCCUCGGUGACCCUUUCCCCGUUGUUAACCCUUCGUACACUUCCUCGUUUGUCCUCACCUGCCCGGACGUCUCCGCGUUCACCGGCGCCCAACGCCCCAGCGGCAGUGACCAGCCUUCCGACCCCCUGAACUCGCCCUCCCUUCUUGCUCUGUGAACUCUUUAGUCACAAACCAAACACACACACAAGGGAGAGAGAUUUGGAAGAGGAGGAGGAAGAGAGAGAGGGGAAGAGACAAAGCGGGCGUGUGGCCUUCCUGCCUCUCCUGUUUGACUCUCUGCGACCACUGUCAUCGGACAGGAGGACCUCCAUGUGUUUUGUGCUGCCUCUUGUUACUAUGGCCCCGUGAGGCCACAAAGCUGGUGACUUUGGGGGCAGGGGGUGGGGUGGGAAUGGACACCCCUGGCCGCCUGUUGGCCCUUUCACCUCAACCCAACUUCUGGGGAUGGGGGGGAGGGGCCGGGGCGCCUCGCUUUGGGCAGAGGGAAAGGGGUGCGGGUAGUGGACUGUGGGUAGAGUCUACCUACUGGAAUCUUCUCCAGGGAGGCCCAACAAGGAAAUGCCACAGACUGCCCCCUCCCCCACAAUGUCUCCCAGGCCCACCCUUCAGGGGGGUGACCUGGCUGGUUCUCCCUGCUCCCCUGACCUUAGACCUUAGCUUAUUUAUCCAACAUUUCCACGUGGUUGGAUCCUCCUCUGAAUUGAGCCUCCCUUUAAGGGAAGUUGAUGCCUCCUAUGAUGUGCUCCCACCCAGACUGAGUCUGAAAUGUGAACCUCCCUCCCUUCUUGUCCAGCCGCUCGCUCCCAGCAAAAGUGGCUCUGAUCUGAAUUCCUGGCCUCUUAGGAUGUCCCCCCACUCAGCCCCCAGCCCUCCUCUCCGAUUACAGUGUUACCCCAAGCCUCCCAGCCUGGCUCAGCCUUCCCUCCUGGCCUUCCUCGCUGGGCCUCUCCGAUUCGGGCGGCAGGGGGCGCUGUGAUGCCCGUCCUGGAGCGCUUUAUACUGUGAAAUGAGUUGGCGGGAUUGUGGGAGGGGAGCCCGGUGGGACAGAACCCUUGUGGGGGGGAAUCGUGCCCCCCACGCCUCAAAGCCUUUCCUUGGUCUCCCCGCCCCGCCCCAGCUGCCUCCCUCCUCCCCCAACAGUGAGUUAGACACAAGGGGCCACAGAAUUCGAGAGUGGGGGUGACAGCCAUCCAUCCGCAUGGCGUCUGUCCUCAGGACCCCCAGCCCCAAGCCCUGGCCUUUUUCUCUAAGGCCUGUCCCCCUACCCCGGCCUAGGACGCCAACUUCUCCUUGCCCUUGGCAUCCCUACAUCCUUUCUAGAAAGGGAGCCAUAGGAACUUGCCAAGGGGCCCAGUGUUUUUCUGGAGAAGAAUUGAAGGCCGAGGCUUUGGCCCCCACUCCCCCAAUAUUUUCGGACUGGCGAACUCGAAGGGGCUGGCCUCCCGCGGUCGCAGCCCUCCUACCCCGGCCCACGGCCCCGAACCUUGGUUUUGGUUCCCCAUCCCCCCUUCCUUGUGCUUCUCCUCACGAGAAUUUCAUCGUGAGGCAAAUUGAUAUUUUUUAACGUCGGGUGGGCCACGCCGCCUUCUGUGCUGCAUGGAGAACAUUCCACGUGCCCUGUCCCGCGCCCCCCUCCCCCAGCCAUGGCUAUUUAUCCCUUUCCUGGUUUCCCGAAAGGCACUUAUAUCUAUUAUGUAUAAAUAAAUAUAUUAUAUAUGAGUGUGUGUGUGCGCGUGCGUGUGAUUGUAUGAGCGCUUCUAGAACUUCAGCCUAGGCCUCCUUGGGCCCCAAAGCAGUGCCGUUUGAGUUGGAAAAACACUGCUUCUGGAAACUUCGAGUCGGCCUGUUUCAGGCUGUCUCUUCUGAUGGUCUCGGCCCCUCUGGUUGCUUCGGGCGGUCUCUGGCUGUCCCCUUCUCGAGUGUCUCUCCCACUCCAGUCUCUGCCUGUUUUUCCACCUGGUCGUUUCCACCUGUGUCUUUCCUGACCGUCCCCGAUCGGCCAGCUGCCGCCUGACUCUGGGCUUUGUCGGAGACACAGGAGAUUUUCUUUUUCGUGAGUGAGCCUGAGGGGUCAUGGACUUUUACAAUCCGUAUCGUUAAGGAUUCUGAGUAUGAGUGCGAGACUGUGAGCAGGGCCUGGCCCCUGCCUACGACAACUUACUGAAUCCCCGCCCCCCCCAACCCUGUGCUGUAUUUGUGAUUCUCUUUUUUGUAUUUUGCACCUGACCCUGGGGGGGGGGGCCAGGGCUGGCUGGCACUGGGCCAGUCCCCUCCCCCCAUGGUUCUGCACUGUCGCCAAUAAAAAGCUCUUAAAAAAGCA